ACUAAAAAGAGAAUCCCAAAUUCAUUUGUGCAACCGUCGCUGCUCCGGCCUCCGAUACUCCAGCUGACCUAGCCGCUCCUCCUCCUACUCCGCCGCCUCUACCGACGGUGUCUUCAUUUGUGCAACGUUCGUUGCUACUUUCUUCGCCGCCUCCCUUCUGGCUUAAGAACGAACUAGCCUUCUAGUUGACACUUGACACUGCUUGUUCUUGUGUAUUGCCAUUAUAAUUUAUCAUCUGCCCUCACCCUUAAGAAUGAAGAUAAAAGAAGCUAAUGCCGGUGCACUUACCAAUUUUGAAGUACUUGACUUUCUUCGAUCUCGAGGGGCGUCAAAGGAUCCGACAAGAGUUAUUGUCUCAAUAGCACCAUCAGAGUUUAAGGUUUAUGAUUAUUUACUGGAGAGCCCCGUUUGCAAUCAAACAAAAGAACAAGUCAACGAGUUCUUGACAAGGUGUAAAAGUUAUAAACUUGCAAAAGCUGAGGUGCUCAAUAUCAUCAAUCUGAGACCAUCUGCAUUAGUUGAAAUUGACCCGAUAAUAGAGGAAUCUGAGAAGCGAUUUGGGGAAAAACUAGAAGAGCUGGUUAGUUUGGUGGUAGAGGUAUUGCCGGAGCCUCCUAAACAAAAUGUCCCUGAAGAAGAAAACAACGAGGCUAAAGAAGACACCGUGGAUGAAAAAGGCACGGACGAGGAUAAAACGGAAACCACAAACCUUGAACAGAUGGACGAGGAUCAAACUGAACAAAAUGAAGAUGGUAAUCGAAUGGAGGUUAGUUAAAUGCCCUCUAUGGCCUGUUAAUUCCAGUGCCAAUGGUGCUCCUGGUUUGCUCAUCUUAUGAACUGAAGUUCAUACAUUUGGAAACCUCUGUAGCCUUGCUGGAAUCAUCCCAGGAUGAUGUAAAAUUAAAUUCUAUUACUAUAUGAUGCAUUUAUCUAUAUGGUGCAAGGUUUUUUGGGACAUUUUUAGUUUGGGGUUUAUGUAUUAGGGUUUAAGACAAUUAUUUCAACUAUUAAUGAAGGGUAAGGAG